GUGCUAUGUACAUACCAUUGAAGCUUCUACGCCCUACUCUUUAACUUCGACCCUAACAAUACAUAUCACAGCCAAACCAAACAAACCGUAAAAAAACCAAUCAUGUCCGAAAACGUCGGGCUCUCGACGCCGCGAGGCAGCGGAACCUCGGGCUACGUGCAGCGCAACCUCGCGCACUACCGUCCGCGCGACCGCGCCGCCCCCUACAGCACCAAGGACUUCGACAGCUACAAGCACCGCCAGCGGCAGCCGGACCAGGAGAUCCUCGAGCACGACCGGAAGCGCGAGGUCGAGGUCAAGGUUUUCGAGUUGCGGGACCAGCUCGAGGACGAAGGUGUCGCCGAGGACGAAAUCGACAAGCGCUGCGCCACCCUCCGCAAAGAACUACAAGCCAAGAUGGAGAAAGGCGGCAGCGGCAGCGACGGCGCGCCGAGGAAGCCUCUAAAGGCACACCAGGUCCACGAGCUAGCCGACGCGAAGAUCAAGGAGAGCGAGCGGCUGCGGAACGCGCUGAAGAUAAGCAAGAACUACGAAGAGGGCAGCCAUUGGAAGAGGCAAGAGGAUAGAUUACGAAGAGCGAUGGAGAAGGAGGCUUCGGAGCUGAAGGAGAGAGAUUAGAUGCCCGGGAUGCGAUACGCUGUUUUCUUUCAACUACCUAGGUAUCUGCCUGCAGACUAGGUGCCUACUUGUCACAUUGCACAUUGGCGUUCAGGAUAUCAUU